AUGUCAUCUCAAACUAAGCCUCUCAUUCUGCACGCUCAUGCAACAGGACCAAACCCCAUUAAAGUUGCCAUCGCCCUGGAACUCCUCAAGCUUCCAUACGAAGUCAAGUCUUGGGAAUUCGGUGACGACCCAAAGAACGGCGUCAAAGGUGCCACGUUUCUCAAGAUCAACGAGAACGGCCGUGUCCCAGCUCUUGAGGAUCCCAACACCGGCGUUGUUAGCUGGGAAAGCGGUGCUAUUCUCAACUAUGUAAGGAGGCAGUACGAUGCCGACGGCACGAAGCUGGGACCGAGGAGUGCCUAUGGUGGAAAGCCAUCGGCGCAGGACGUUGUUGAUUUCGAGAAGUGGGAGUACUUCCUCUUGACCACGCUCGGGCCGAUGACGGGACAGACAAAUUGGUACAGGCACUACAAUCCCACCAAGAACGAGGAUGCUCUGAAGCGCUAUGUCGAGCAGACGGAUCGAUGCUACUCAGUUCUGGAAGGCCAGCUUAAGAAGACAAAUGGUGAGAGCAUUCUUCCUGGCGGUAUUUCGGCGGUCGAUGCUCAUUUCGAGCCUUGGGUCCGCCAGCAUGAGUAUGCGCAAGUGCCGCUUGACAGACAUCCUACUGUUCAGAAGUGGUUGGAGAAGAUGAAGGGCUUGGAUGGGGUGAAAAACGCAUACAAGAAGAUCCAGGAGGCUUCAAAAUAA